UGUUGAUCAUUUACUCUGAAUGUGAAAAACGAUAUACAUGGCAUUAAUAAUGAGUUAUAUAUUGCUUUUCUUUUCAAUAUUUUUACCUUUAUCCGAAAGUGAUGAAUUGUCACAUUAUUUAGCUUAUACACUUCGCAUUGUAAUGGACUGUGAGGCCGGUUAUGAUUUAACUGAACCAGUGAUAGCAUUUUCUCCAUUGAUGUUCAUGAGAGCUGUGGCUGUUUUAAGAAGAAUUCAAAAUGCUUAUAAUUGCAUUGACUUCAAAGUUUAUCCUGAUUUUAACGCAACUGAUAAACGUUCUUGGAAGUUCUGUGUGUUAGGAGUGUGCAGUAUAAUGGGGUUUUGCAGGUGUCCUAAAUAUAUUUCUGGUGAAAACUGUGAUACCUUUGACAGAAAAUAUUGGUUAAUUUAUUGUAUGUUAAUGUGUACAGAGAAACCAUCAUUAAUAUGUUUGUGUGAUUCAUAUUUUUAUAAAAAGUCUGUACAAACCAGUAUAUAUUGGUACGAUGAAGGAUUGGAGUCUGCUUACAGACCAGCUCCUCCUGAUUUUAAAGAAGAUCCUCCUCUACCCGAACAUUUGAAAAUUGUAGCAGAAAUAAUGGAUGAUAUUCAAGAUUAUCAAAUUAAUAUGGAAGGUUAUAAAGGAACGGAUGGCAUAGGAGAUUUAGGACCAUUCACUGGUACUUUACCACCAUUGGGUAAAGCAACUAAAGAAAAAUAUAUUCCUACUACAUUUUCUCGAUUGCAAUUUUUCACAACUAAAGCAUUAACUUCAAAAUAUUUUGUCACGAAAAAAAUACCAGAAACAACAACAAAAUCUAUAUCUAGUACUAUUAGUUACAGAAGUACUUUAAUACCAACAACCACAAAAAGUCCUACCAUAAAAACUACGUCUACUGAAUCAAGAAGGCCUCAUGAAAAAACUAUCGAACACGUGACAACAUCAAGAUACAAAAAUAAAACGGAACACGGCCCAUCAGAAAUAAGUAAAUUAAAUAAACAGUGUCCGCCAUACUGCACUGCAAUUCCUGGUCCCAAAGGACAAACUGAAACCGAACUGCUGUUCACCACUAAGAGAAAUUAUAUUUACACUAUUGGUAAAACAUGGCCUUCGGGAAAAUUAGUAAAACACAAUUGCCUGAAAUCAAUUAACAGAAAUGAUUUCGAAAAGGAAGAAUUUGAUAUUGAAACAAACGAAAUACCACAAGAAAUGAAAUACGAAAACAAAUUUGUUUAUAAUACAUCAGAUACUGAUCAAAUUGACGCAGGUUCGGCCGAGGAAUACUCCGAAAAUGAUGGAUACGAAUAUGGAGACAAAUAUGCACAAAUAAAAUCGGAUAGAAAUAAGAACGACAUCCGAUACAGAAAAGAAAGAAACGAAUUUCAUUAUUUUAACAUUAAAAAUAGCAGUUCUCCAUCAAAUCAUAUCUGGUAUUAUAAUUUUAUAACGUUAUUCAUUCUAUAUUUUUGUGUAAUUCACCUUUAAACAAUCAAU